AUGGCUAACCAUUCUCGUUGUGCAGCUUGCAAAUAUUUGAGGAAAAGAUGUCCAUCAGAUUGCAUUUUCUUACCUUAUUUCCCUUCAAAUGAUCCUAAAAGAUUUGAAAAUGUGCACAAAAUCUACGGUGCCAGCAAUAUUGCCAGAAUGCUUCAGAGGAUUCCAGUACACUUGAGAGAAGAUGCAGCAAAUUGUUUACACUAUGAAGCACGUUGUCGAGUUGAAGAUCCAGUUUAUGGUUGUGUUAAAGUCAUUUACCAAUUACAACAAGAAUUAAACAUGGCCCAAAAUCAACUGGUUAAGGCCCAAUCUGAAAUAGCAUUAGUACUCAAUGUUUAUGGGCCUCCAGAAGACUAUAUUUCUGGGCCACAAACUAGUGAAGAAGAUUUAUCAUCUAGCUUUGAGAACUACUAUACUCAACCCAAUAUUCAUGGGCAUUUGCCAUUGGAUCCAUCUUCAUUGGGCUCACUGGAUGCAAUGUGAUCCAGCAACACUUCAAUUUCUUUGCUUUAUUUUAUUUAAUUUUCUUUUCGUAACUUCAUAUUUUAGCUGCAAUUUUACACUUUGACACGUGUGAUGUACGAGCUGUUAUCAAUAUAAAAAGAAAAGGUAUUACUUGAAUGAGAUUUUUUGGCACGUAUUAUCUGAAUGGGUUGUUUUCAUUAUCUUAUGCUUUUGUUGUUAGAAAUAAAAAUAAAGGUUUUAGAAAAGGUAGACAUCAUAUACAAAAAAAAAAAAAAAAAAAACAAAAAAAAAACCGACAUAUAACUAAUAUAAAGGCCGUGUAAGUUACUCUCCCUCUCUUUCUAAAAGAUUACUCCGUGAAACAAAUUGAUCUAACACACACGUCAGCGUAUAAAGCUUAAAGGCAUGUUCGACACUAGCUAAUGGACUGACUUUUUCAAGCCAUUAGUAAAAAAAUAAAACCUUAGUGUGUUGGCAAUGUAGUGGUGGAAA